UUUCAUCCUCCAUAUUUUUCGCAAAGAUCUCUAAAGUCAGUUCUGAAAGCCGACGGUGCAUCUUUAUUUUCAAAUUUAUUGCGUGUAUUCUGUUGUCUAAUUUCUAUUUCGCGUUUGCACCGAUUACUUCGGACUAUUCUGUUUGAUUGUACGACUGUUGAUUUGCGGUUCAUCCGUUCAGAGUCAACGUGUUUUGUGUUUUUCAUUCUCGCUACCAUCAUCGCCGGAGGUACUACUGCAGCAGCAGGGGACUGAACUGAAAUUAUUGUAUGAUUAAUCACGCUCUACUUGCUUUGAAAAAAGUGAGCGAAAAAAUUCCAAAGCAGUGAACAAGUGACCGGAAGUGGACCUCCGAUUCAACCGGACUCCAGCGGGUGACAGUUCGAAGUCGCUAACGUAUAAUCAUGUCAGCAGAGAAGCCAGUAGUGGAUGCGGUGGACGUGGAAGGUGAGGAACAUGAUGCCAACUAUCAGCCGCCUCCACAAAAAACGAUCGAGGAAAUUUUGGCCGCCGAUGCAGAAGACGAAAGCUUACGAAAAUACAAAGAAGCUCUGCUGGGUGAAGCUCAAGCGGAGAAGAUUAUCUACGAUGCUUCCGAUCCGCGAAAGGUUAUCGUGAAAAAACUAUCACUUCUGGUUGCCGAUCGAGAUCCGAUGGAACUUGAUUUGUCUGGUGAUAUAUCUAAGUUGAAAAAGAAUGUGUUUGUUAUCAAGGAGGGUAUUCAGUAUAAAAUUAGGAUCGACUUUAUCGUUCAGCGAGAGAUUGUUCAUGGACUGAAAUACGUUCAGAAAACCUACCGAAUGGCUGUGCCCGUGGACAAAAUGACGCAGAUGGUUGGUUCCUAUCCGCCGAAAAAGGAAAUACAAAGUUACACUACCCCCUUCGAGGAGGCCCCCUCCGGGAUGAUGGCUCGGGGCACCUACUCUGUCACUUCACUGUUCACCGACGAUGACAAAAACGAGCACCUAAAAUGGGACUGGAGUUUCGAGAUUAAAAAAGACUGGCAGUAAAGAAUUUAUUCCGGGUAAAAGCACGGUGUAUAAAAAUUCACCUAUUAACAAGUUUAUAUUAUAUACAAAAAAUGAUACUACAAUGUAAAAGAAUAAUGUGAAGUCGAGAUUGAUGCAGAACCGGAACCGGUCACAUGGGAGCACAUAGUGCCGGAAUAUGUGAGGGAUAUUUCAUGAAGGAAAUUUUAUUGCUUUAAAUCAUAGCCAAGUAUACAAUAUUUCCAUACUGAAGCUGGUAAGCCCAUUAUAGUAAGCGAAAAAAGUGAAUAAAAAUGCUACCUUAAGCGGCCAGCGAUUGUUAAGUAAAUAAACCCUGAGAACGUGUGGCUGUUUAAUAAUUCGUCUCUGUAUUGCUGCGAUAAUCUGUUUACUAUAUAUAAAUGCGCGAAUCAGUUCAAUGAAGUUUUUUUGUGCGACGUAUAGACAUGGUAUUAUUAAAAUGGUAUUACGAUUAUUGCCCUCUAUUGUGGUGUCCGCUUGGAUACAGUUAUUUAAAAUUUGGCUCUGUGAAAUUUUAUUCAGCUUAUUAGUAAUGUGUCAGACAAAAGUAGUAAUGGUAUGCUUAUGCGUGAAACUUCGCAAUCUGUGAACUGUUUAACCAUCAGAGCGAGUAUCAGCUUCGAACAGCAAUAAGAACCUUAUAUAUGAAUAUAAUUAAACGGAAAUUGUAUAUCCAGAAGUGCUACAUUUUUAAAACAUAGAAUACAAACUCUACAAUAUUAUUCUGGCAGGCAUGAUGAUCUUUACGUUAAUACUGAAACCGAAAAUCUAAAACAUUGCUUGCUGUAUUUGUCAUGCUCCUUAGCUUGGUUUUGAAUAUUUUUAUUUUAAUUUUCAAAACAAUGCGUACCCAAACAAAACAAAAUCAUCAAUUUUGUAAUCUGGAAUCGUUGAACUAAUCGCAUAAAAAUAUAUUUCGUACAGCACAGCCUUGCUUAAUGACACCAAGAAAUUGCUUAGAUAUACGGUUUGUUAUCCUGCGUCAACUGCCAGAGUUAGCAAGUAAUAACGUAACUUCCUGGGCGGUCAGAUCAUGCAUUUAUUUCGCAACACAGGCAUUAUAUUUUUAGUAUUUUAGCUAUGUUAUAAAAAAUUUCCUUUUUUUUUUGGCUACCUAAAAAACAACCGCCAAAACUCUAGUGCAUAACUAGCACCGAAAGCCAUAGCCAAGUAGUGGAAAAACACGCCAGAAAAAAAGCUCCAAACAGUACUAUUUACAAUCGAAACAAAGUUCAACCAACAUGAUAAAACACAACGCCUGUAAACCGGAUAGAAUCGGUAGAAUCAACCAGUCAGUAUGUAGAAUCAGAUGCGUUAUGGCAUAAAGCUAAAACGAUUAAAGUCAGUUUUGUGCUCAACUUGUUCAAACGAAA